CCAGCCCCCAGCCCUGACCCUGGGACUCUCUUGUUGGGAACCAGCGCCUGUUGGAAGGCCCGGGUAUCUUGGUGAAUUUGCGACUUGACGAUGAUGGGACCGAUCCCAGUUAUGGGGUGGUAAGGCCAAUAAUGCCACUAUAGAAAGGCAAAUCUGGCCCUUCCAGAGCUGGGGGUGCAGCUCAAAGACCCCAAACAUUGGCUUUAAUGAGCUCAAGUCUAUAUCCAGUCCUGCCGUGUGUUCCUGGGCUGGUCACAGGCCCCCUCGCAGCCUCUGUCUCCUUUUCUAGGAAGCGGGAAUGUACCCUGGCUUUUGAGGACCAUCGGGAAGGUCGGGAGAGAAAGCUGCUGUCCUGCUUGUUGCCAUUGCUGUCUAUCCUCUUCCCACCUGGCCCACGUGGCCCUCGUCCUCUAGCACAGCCGGGGCAGAGAGGGGCAAUGCUGGUGGCCAGGGACACAGGCCAGUGUGACUGUUGACAAGGACAGGGCCCUGCAGGUGCUGUUACAGGAACUCUGCCAGCCCCCGGCCAAGUACGAGUUGACCCAGGCCACGCUGGACCCCUGCCCCAGACCCAGCGCCACCCGUGGUGGGCUAAGUGGCCAGGACUGAGCGAACGUUGCAAGGGCCAUCAGGGAAGGGACAAGGACACCUGGAAGAAAAUGGGGAGGGGUGGCCCCGGUGGGGGCGGUGGGGGACCUUGGGCCAUCCCACACCCUCUGCAGGCUUCAUCUCCUGUCAGAGGCAGGGCUGUGGGUGGCCGUCCCCUGUACCUAUCAGCUCAACCCAAGUCAACUUGCAAGGCGACCCUGGGUCCUCUCCCCUCAGGCAGCCCUCCGGUUUCAGCCUGCCCUUAAAAGCCUGAAUUAGAUGCAAAAGGCUGUGUCUGUGAGCAAUUUUAUGGAGAAAAGGUCCAACCCUUCCAUCAGAUUCUAGAAUGGCUUCCCGACCCCACUACGGUUUAGCCCCAUGAUGCGCAGGGCCCACAUGGUGUUUGUGGGGAAAGACAGUUUUCCCUGCAUUUUCCAGGACUGUAUGGAUGACAAGAGGGGGCACGAGAGGCAGAGAGGCCUGCCUUGGGUCCCUCAGCAAUCACUCAGAGAUCCUACCACAGCCCCUGGAGGCUCAGCCCGCUGACCGGAGGGGGAGGGGGCCCGCUCUGCCUCUGCCCUUGACCCCUGACCUUGACGGGGCGCAGAGCAAGAGCCCUACUGGAGACCCAUCUUGCUCAGGGGCUCGCCUAAGAGACGAGCGUGGCUGGGCAGCAGUAAGCGGUCAUCUCCCCUCUCGGGGUGCUGGGGCCCCCGAUCUCGGACUAAGCGCUCACCAUGUGCUGGGCACCCCAUGCGUAAUCCCAGGGAGGGGCUCUCACUACUGUCGUUACAGAUGGGCUGUCCAGGCACAGAAGUGAAGCUUCUGGCCAGGUCACCAGCUGGUAAGGGGGGGCUCAGGCUACCUCUAGGAGAGGCUCUGUAGACCCCCCCAGCCCCCACCAGACAGACGACUCCACUCUCCCCCGUGCCUGACCACGGCAGCUCUUUGAACCGUUGUGGCUCAGUUAGCUCAUCAGGAAAUGGGGUGGAGAUGAGGGGUAGAGGGGGGGGACUGGCCAGGGCAAGUCUGAGCAGGAGAUCCAGGGAAAGCCUUGCAAGAGGUCAUGACCUGGGAGCCUCCAAACAAGGCACUGGUGCCUGGCUCUUCCUGUCACUGAAAUGUCCCUGCAGGCAGAGGAAGCUGAAGAGCGAGGUGGAGAAGCACGAUUUUUUUGAAGACUCUCUGAUUGAGGUCCUUGAGAAGAUCCCCAAGGGUAUGUAUGGAGCUUCCCCUCCGAGGCCGCCUCCCAGCCUGGGGGCCAGGACACCGUUAUGCUGGAGCACCAGGACCUGGUUCGGGGAGUUGCUGGGAGAUGACGCCAGAAAGUUGAGCAGCACCAAAGAGCUUCGAGCACCAAGCCAAGGAGGGGGGCAGGAGGCGGGCGAUGAGGCCGGACAGUUGCUGGACCAGUCCUGCCAUCUGGGAGUAAGCCCUGCGUGGAUUGUCUGGCACCUGUCAACUUUGGGACUCCAGUUGGGAUUUCGGGACCACGGCAGAAGUCCCAUCUGCCUCAUUAGCAUCACCACUGCAGGGGGCAGGUGGGGGCUGGGCUCUCUGUGCCCACCCAUCCCUCCUGUCUCCACAGGCCACAGUGAAGGGGAGGGGCCAGAGGAGGCCCUCGUGGAGACCGUGGUGGAGCACUAUGGGAAGCUCUUCACCAUCAACCAGGACAUCCAGAAGCAUCUGGAGGCCUUCUCCAAGAGGAACCAGGUCGUCCACCAGAGCCUGGGGUCUCUAGAGGAGAGUCAUAGGGCUCUUACCCCGAGGCUCAAGAUUCCGCUGUGUCAGCUGCAAAAGAUGUGUCUCAAGCAGGAACAGUGGUGACAUUUGGAACACCAUGUUGCCUACCAGAGAGACGUGGACAGCUGUGAUGUGGGAAGCAAGGCUGUCACCGCUGACCACAGCCCCAGAGACCUGAAGCCCAGGACUCCGGGGCUGCCCAGAGUGAAGAGCUCUGGGUUCCUCCAGCCCCCUUCCCAGCCCCUGCUCCAGGAAGAGCUGCUCGACUACAUGCACGUGGCCAUCAACAACAUGGUCCAGCAGUGUUCGCCCUCCGCCCACAGCAUGCCCAAGAGCAGGGACCUCUUCUCCAAGCUCGACCUGAUUCAGGAAUUUAUGUUCGACAAAAUGGAGACAGUGAGAUUUAUAUCACUGCGCGUGGAACCCAGAGUGUGCUGGUCAGCGGACAGUGACAAGAGUGAGGGCCUCAGAAGAUGCCCCAGGUCCUUCAGGAGAUGCCCAAGGGAUCGAGAUUCGAUCCCCCAAACGCCCUUUCCCAGCACCCAGACUUCAGCGCGCUCCAGCCCGUACAGACCGGGCCGGCGACCAAGCCAGCCCUGCCAGCAUCAGGACCAUUUCCUUAGCCCCUCGGCCUCCUUUUGUCACCACAGUGCCCCCAAGUGGGUGGGAGCCAGCCUGUUCUCCGCACUGGGGGAUUGGCAGGCAACAAGGUUGCGGACCGGACUGGGGAAGAGAGAGAGGGAGUUCGCAGGGGUGAAAGGGGCAAAGCGGCUCUAUGGGGGUCUCUCUCAUAAGGGCACAAAUCCCAUUCCUGGGGGCGCCACCCUCAUGAUCUAA